UCAAAUUUUACACCUCCCCUUAAGAUAUUUCUCCCCAGUUUCCUCGUCUUUUCUUAUGAAAGAUUGGAUUUUUAAAAACCCUUUUGGACUUACUGUGAUGUGAUUGGUCCAAACUUUUGUGGUUCAUAUUGUUCUUCGCUUUUGGAUCCAGAUCUUUGGGUUUCUUGGUUUAUAUCUGGUUGAUUGAUGAUGAACUUGUUGCUUUGUUGUGAAGUAUCUAUUCAUUCUAAUCAUGUUCAUGGAUAGCGUUAUAGCUUUCUUACCCUUCUAUCAGCUCACAUGAAGAGGAAAACCAAAAUUAUCUCUGCAUAAAGAUUUUGAUUUUGAUUAUAUAGCUUCUUAUGUUAAUAUCUGUUUUCAAUUUGAUGCAUAGAUGUGUAUGUAUGUAUGUAUGUAUGCAUGUAUGUAUGUAUGCUUGUGGGUGCUUUGACUUUUGAAGCAACAUAGAGAUCAUAGAUUUUGAUUCAUCUUAUAUCUUCAUUUUUUGGAUUAGAUUAAGGGAUUAACAUGGUUUUUGUUAGUUUUUUACCCAAAACAUUUCUAUUUUAAUAUCAAAUUUCUGGGUAAAAAUGAUAGUUUUUAAGAUAAAAAAGCAACUAAAUCUUCACUUAAAAGUCAAACCUGGACUUCUUUAACAUGGGUAUCAUUACACUUUUUCUGGGUUUUUUUUAAUGAAUUAAUAAUUUAAUAUUGCCAUGCUUUGCUUAUGAAUAUACUAUUUGCAUCUUGUAAUUAUUUUAAGGUUGAAGUAAAACUGGGUAGGUGAUAAUUGAUUCUUUUUUUGUUAAAGAUCUUGUAGUUACUAAUUUGGGGUUCUUUACUUUAUUAAGAAAGUUAAUUGCUUUAUGAUUCUUUUCUCAUUUUCUUCUCUUUUUGUUGAUGAUUUUGCAUCUGGGUAUGAAGAAAGCAAAGCCAUAGGGAUAGAUUUGCAGUUUUUGAGGGGUGGUUUUAAGGGUUCUUGAUCUAAGAAUGGGUUCAUUUAUCAACUUCAAGAACUUUGGGGACACAUCACAACCAGAACUCAAUGGCAGUAGGCAAAUGGUGUCAAAUUCGCCACUGGCCCGGCAAUCUUCUGUCUACUCGUUGACUUUUGAUGAGUUACAGAACACAUUGGGUGGGGGUGGGAAGGAUUUUGGAUCGAUGAACAUGGAUGAACUUUUAAAGAACAUAUGGAGUGUGGAAGAGACUCAAGCAGUGGCAUCAACUUCCAAUUUUGGCAUGGAUGGGAGUGUGCAAAGACAGGGAUCUUUGACAUUAUUACCAAGAACACUUAGCCAGAAAACAGUGGAUGAAGUUUGGCGAGAGUUGCUUAAAAGUAGUAGUAAUGGUGGAUUCAAAGAUGGGGAAUUGAUUUUAGAAGCAAAUUUGCAGCCACCGCAAAGGGAAAUGACUUUGGGGGAGAUGACACUAGAGGAUUUCUUGAUGAAAGCAAGGGUAGUAACAGAAAAUAAUGAAGUUCAAACCAAUGGAAGAUCUGGAAGGUCUCAAAAUGGCGCGUAUUUUGGUGAUGUUUCACAGCAGAAUGUUGAAAAUGGCAGUUUCAUUUUUGGGUUUCAAAACCCAAAUCAGAAUAAUGGGUUUCAACAGCAAUCAGCUCAGAACAAUCGACCAACGCUUAACCAAAUCACAGAGAGUAAAAAUGGACUCAAUCUGCAGCCAAAACCACAACCACAGCCUCAGCCACCAGCUCAACCUCUUUUCCCCAAGCAAGCUGCUUUGGAUUUCAGUGCACCAUUGAAUGGUAAGCUGACUAGCCCUGGUUCUAAGCUGACUAUCCCUGGUACUAGAGUUGGGAAAUCUGAGCACCCAAUAAAGACUAGUGUGGUUCAAGCCAGUGGCAUAGAGAGUGGAGUGAUGAACAUUAAGUCACUUGGCGGUCUUGGGACAGGAUCUCCAAGGAAUUUGAUUCCAAAAAGUAAUUUGGACACAACUCCAUCACCGCCUUAUUAUGCAUUUGGCGAAGGUGGUCUUCGUGGAAGGAAAAGCAGUGGGACUUUAGAGAAAGUGGUGGAGAGAAGGCGGAGGAGAAUGAUUAAGAACAGAGAGUCUGCAGCAAGAUCAAGGGCUCGGAAGCAGGCCUAUACUUUGGAGCUGGAAGCCGAAGUUGCAAAACUUAAAGAACUCAACCACGAGUUGCUGAAAAAACAGGAAGAGAUCAUGGAGAUGCAGAAGAAUCAGGUAGUUGAGAAGAUUAAAAUGCCAUGGGGAAGUAAAAGACUAUGCUUACGGAGAACAUUAACAGGACCUUGGUAGGGUUAAGAAACAAAUCAUAGAUUAGAUGAAAUGAAGUGAACGAAAUCGGAUAUGAAGAUUUGGGUAUGUUUUUAUACAUAUGGGAUUGCAAUCUUGUUAACUGCAUCUGGGUGUGUAUGUAUAGAACCAGAUUAGCAAGCACAUGAUGCUGCGUGCAACUUCUUUUUGAGAGGCAUCCUGUUUGUAAGUUAUCGAUUACGUAGAUCAAAUGCAAACUUCUGUUGUAUGAAUUUUUGUUUGCUAUCUUGUUUGGU